UAUCACGGCAUGUAUGAUGCUCUGGCUGACCACUUAACAGAGCAGGUGUAUGUGACACACAGAGAGCAGCAGGAGUCAGCUGAGCAACAUGUCCGUGAAAGAGUCAAAGACAGAGCUCUUCACCGUGGCUGGGACUGACACUGUGGAGUCCGGGCCAGGUUCAGAGGUUUUCAACUCCAGAAAGAUAGUUACCACCUUUGAGAGAUAUAUCCAACCGUGCUUGGCUGAGGUGGUGGGAUGCGCCCUUUUCAUCUUCGUGGGAUGCGGGUCUGUUAUUGAGAAUGCCGGCGUUCCGGGGAGCCUCCAGCCUGCUCUGGCUCAUGGGCUGGCGCUGGUGAUUGUUAUCGCUGUGCUGGGAGAGAUCAGCGGUGGCCACUUCAACCCAGCUGUGUCUGUGAGUGUGUGCAUCAGUGGAGGACUGGACGUAAUCCUACUGGGGCCAUAUAUACUCUCCCAGAUGGUGGGGGGAAUGAUUGGGGCUGGCUUGGCAAAGGCAGCAUCCUCCACCAUCAGCUAUACCAGUGCAGCAGGGGGAGUGUUCAACGUGGUUAAAACCAGCGGAGUGAUCGGCAGUGCCACCGUAGCAGAGAUAGUCAUGACCCUCUUCCUGUCCCUAGUGGUCUGUAUGGGGGCUGUGAACGGCAGGACCCGUACACCACUGGCCCCACUCUGCAUCGGGCUCACUGUGACUGCUAACAUACUGGCUGGAGGGUCAGCAUCUGGAGGGUGUAUGAACCCAGCGCGGGCGUUUGGCCCUGCAGUGGUAGCUAACUACUGGGAGUACCACUGGAUCUACUGGGUGGGACCGAUGGCAGGGGCCCUUAUCACUGGCAGCUUGGUCAGGUUGUUGUUGGGAGACCAGAAAACUCGCCUUGUUCUGAAGUGAAUGUGCCACCUCGGAUCAAUGGGAGCCUUUUUCACAAUGUGUUUGCCAUGCUUUUUUUUUCAAAAACAAUGUCAUUGUCUUCCCAAGUAUUGUAUUGCCCUCUAUAGCUUGCAGAACCUUUGCAGUUCCCAUCUUGUCAUACACAUCUUAUUGUAUUGAACUGUAGUGAACUAUAAAACAAAAACUGUUUGCAUAAAUACAUUACAUUCAAACCUAUGAUCACUUCUGGCCAUUCAGUCCAUCAAUCAUUGUUGAUAUGUUUGGUUCAAAGUUCUUAAAUGGAAAACAUUAAUAGUUUAUGACUAUUUUAUUACAUGAUAGGUGGUGUAAUAACUUCCAGAACUCAACAGAGGCAUUGAACUCACUGACCAAAUUUGAUCAAGUCACACUUCAGCUUGCAUGCAUAUAUAUGUAUCAUUUAUUGACAAUAAAUGCAUCCCUGUCUAUGA